AUGUCGCCGCGUAACGGCCGCCGCACCGGCGCCCACCGGGCGCACUCGCUGGCCCGGCAGUUGAAGACGAAGCGGCGCCGCCGCGACCUGGACGAGAUCCACGGGGACCUGAAGCCCGAGAACGCCGCUCGGCUGCUGCGGCAAGAGCCCGACCCCGACCUGCCGGGCUGCGCCCAGUUCUACUGCCUGCACUGCGCGCGCUACUUUGUGGACCUGACCAGCAUGAAGGAGCACUUCAGGUCCAAGGUGCACAAGAAGAGGCUGAAGCAGCUGCGGGAGGCACCGUACACUCAGGAGGAGGCAGAGCGUGCCGCUGGGAUGGGCUCCUACAUCCCCCCAAAAAAGGUGGAAGUGCAGACUCAGCCGCUCGAGGAAGUCAUCGAGAUGGAGGCAUCCAGCUGAGCGUGGACUGAGGGGCCGAGCGGCUCCGUAAGGGCGUCUUUGUCCUUGGCUUUGUGAGAAAAACGUGCCCCAGCGCAGCCUGCCAGCAGGCAAACGCACCGCUCCUCCCGGCAGCCCUCCUCGCCGGAGCACUAAUGGGGAGAAGGAGCCAGCGAGACCCCGGGUGCCCUCGCUGUGUGGCCUCCUUCUCAGGGAAGGGGCAAGCCUCUUGUUCCCUAAGCGCUGGCGUGACUGUACACUCAUCUCUUUUGCUUUUAGAGCGGUUUUAGGCCUCUCUGCUUGGGUCAGAGGUUGACGCCGAUGAGUCACCCAUUAAAAUAUG